CUGCAAAUAAUCCAUUCUCAGUAUUUUUACCGAACUGAAGUUUUAGGUCAGUGGUCACAGGAUUGAUAUACAAAAAACUGUACAAAAUGCAGCAAAGCAUUUGAAUGUAUAUGUGAUCUUACAUUCUCACGUCCGAGAUAUCAUGAAUAAUAUGAUCAACGCACUCAUGAAGUAUCCUCAGCUGCAUUUCGUCUGGUCCGAAGUAUCAUUUUUGGAACGGUGGUGGUCCGAAGCUAACGAAACUUACAAAAAACAUUUUCGCAGAGCUUUAUUGCAUAGUUUGAUCGCAGAAGGUCGUUUGGAAAUCAGUGGUGCAUCUUGGGUGAUGACUGAUGAAGCAACUCCAUACUUCUGGGCCACCAUCGACAACAUGGUUGUCGGGCAUCAAUAUGUUCAGCAAAUUUUGAACAUUACACCGACAACUUCAUGGUCUGUGGAUCCAUUUGGACAUGGCCUGAUGGUACCGUAUUUACUGUCGCUGUCCGGAAUUCAACGUAUGGUGAUCGGUCGUGUGAAUUCUAAUAUUAAAGAUUCUUUGAAACGCCACCAGCAGCUUCAUUUUCGCUGGGCACAAUCUUGGGAUCCGGAAACUCGUUGGGCCCCGUUUGUAAAUGUACUGCCAAAUUUGUAUUACACGGUUAUUAAUGCUUGUGGAAUAGAUGAAUCAGUCUGCUGUCAGUUCGAUGUUGCAAAAUCCGCUCGAACACCUUGCACGGAACGAGCGCACGUCGAAAGUCCACAACAAAUUGCAAAAUAUGCAACAAGAAUGGCAUCGCAAUAUCGUUCACUACAACCGUUUUAUAACUCAGAUACAAUUUUGGUGGCUGCCGGUGAUGAUUUUUCAUAUUCUCUUCCAGAAGAUUUGGAGAUUGUCCAGCGAGUUUACAUUGCGCUCUUCAGCUACAUUAACAACAAUUCGAAAAAAUUCAAUAUGCAUGUAAGACGGAUCCAUUUUUAG